AUGAUGAACAUACCCGUACAUCCAAAUACAAUUUAUAUACCAAUGGUCCAAACUGGAUGUUUGACAGCUGAAUAUGAUUCAACAUAUCCAAUUCAUUUAAAUGGUAUAAUUAGUCAACACGAAUUUCAAGAAUCAAUUAAGAGAAUAAACCUUACAUUUUCUUCACAUAAAACUUUUAUAAUUUUUUGUUGGGUUAUAUUUGCUCUGACAUUGGUUAUUGGAACAGUAUGUUUUGUUAUUGGUGGAGUAAUGGCAACUAAAUUUUGGACAGUUUUUUAUGUAUUACUCGGUCUUGGCUUUUUUUUGACUACGUUUGGUUCAAUUUUUUUUGCUAUUGGAUUUUGUGUUAUAUAUUCAAAACGUGCAGCUAGAAUGCGAGAAGCAAUCGCUCAAGAGUCAAUGAAAUAUUCAUCGAGAUCACUAACACCAUGUAGCUGGAGAUUAGAUACUUCAAGAACUUGGUUUGGACCUUAUGGAUAUAAUAAUAAUAAUCAGAUGUUGUAUCAAGUAUUAGUUUUAUUUUUAAUUCUUAUCUACCUAUUCCCUAAGAAAAUUAUUUAAAGUGUUAGCUCUCAUAUGUAUAGAACGAAAGAGACAAGCAGUGUCACUGAUGUUAUGUGACAGAACGAUGAAAAAGAUGACCUUCGUGGGAAUCGAACCCACACCUCCUGCUAUCCGGGCAGU